GAGGAGGGUGGAGGAAAGAAAUGCACAGGCAGAACUUUGGGAAGUCGGGUCUCUUUAAAAAAAAAAAAAGGCAGUCCGUUCUGUUGAGUUUGCACCCCUGGCAAUAAAUUUGAGUCAGCACCAAAACGACAGCUCUGCAGUCCUCCUCCUCCGACGGAGGAACGGAGCGAGCGCUGAUCAGGUGGUUGCAGAACCCCUGGAAACGGCAGUACGAUGCAGCUGAGGCGGCAAAGCACAGCCCACAGACAAACUGUGGCUCCCGUCGAGAGCGAGCCGGCCUUUGCGUUGCCGUCUUCCGGGGAAAGGAUGCACUAAGGCUGCGGUGGGGACGAGGGCAACCAUGGAAAACCGGGUCUUGAAGGCGCCGCCCUGUGUCCUGGCUCUUCUCCUCAUCCUACCGGCCGUCCACGGGAUUUGUCCUUCGGUGUGUUUGUGCUCAGGAAACGACAGGCACGUGGACUGCUCGGGCAGGAACCUGACGGCGCUGCCCCACGGACUUCAGAGCAACAUCACCUACUUGAACCUGUCCUACAACCACUUGGUGGACCUCGACCGCCAGCUGACGCGGUUCACCAACUUGAGGACCCUGGAUCUGUCCCACAACUGGCUCCAGAACCUCCCGGCCCACCUGCCCAGGUCGCUGUGGGAAAUAUACGCGGCGUACAACAACAUCAGGGUCCUUCAGAAGCUGGACACGGCCUAUCAGUGGAACCUGAAAGUCCUCGAUGUCUCCAGGAACAUGGUGGAAAGGGCCGUCCUCAUCAACAACACCAUGAGCAGCCUCAAGUUCCUCAACCUUAGUAGCAACAAGCUCUGGACUGUCCCCACCAACAUUCCUUACAACACCGAAACGGUGGAUCUAUCUGACAACUUCUUGACACAAAUACUACCCGGCACACUGAUGAGGCUGACACACCUUUCCAAGUUUUACCUGCACAACAAUAAAUUCGCCUAUAUUCCUGAGGGAGCUUUUGACCAGCUUGUCCAACUACAACUAAUCACUCUUUACAACAAUCCAUGGGCGUGCGGGGAUGGUAGUGAGGAAGCCCUCUCCUAUGUCCAGAAAUGGGUGGGAGAAACCAGUGCUGUGGUAAUGGGGUCGCCGUGCUCCUUUGAGGCCACCACGUACUCGCCGGAUCCCACGACGGCAGAGAACCCGCUCCUUGUGAAAGCAAUGAAGGCGUUGCACACAGCUGGGCCGCCGCCAGCAACCGAACAAACCAGACUCGUGCACCAACAAUACAGAAUGAAAGAGAUCAGUCUAAGCGCGACGGUCGGGCGAACCAUCGCGUUCACCAGCACGGGCAGGCCGCUGUCCUUGCACCCGGAAGGGCUGGGCACAGAGAAGCUCAGCUCUUACGAAGCGGCCGCAGCCGGGCACACAAUCUACAUCCAAGAUACGUCCUCUCUGAACGCAAGCACAAUAGGCCUCGCGGGAUUGCCCACCACGCCAAUGACCUUGGGCAUCACCACAAACUAUUCCAAGAGACCUCAAAGCACAACGACUGCAAAGAGAGAGGAAUCGACCAAGAAAAUUCACCCUCGGGCACCCUCCAAAGCAGUCUCGGAGCGGUGCUCGCUCUUCGUCGUAAUGCUUGCCGUGGCCUCCCUAGAAAUGAGCUACGGAUUUGUGCUUAAGUGAAUACGUCGCUUUGUGAUUCCAGUGUGGAGGGAACGUAAAUGCUUGUGUGCCAUGUCUCCAAUGCAAGUAGAAAUGCCCGUUUAAGCGUCCGAAAGGUGACCAUAAAAAAAAAAAGAACGCAACUCCUCCUCAAUGAAAAGACUGCACAAAAUUAUGUCUUGAUAACCAAGCUGCUACUUAUUCUAACUAAUUACUGAAUUAAGGGGCGGGCGGGGGGAGAAGCCUAUCCAAUAAUAUAAUCGUUUCUAAAUGAAAUGUGCUUAUUUUGUAUUUACAUUUUUAAUUUUCUUCACACAAAUCUAUAUAUAUGAAAAUAUGUCCGUAUUUUAUGUAUUGAUUAUGAAUAGUUUUGUCAUUAAACAUCUGGAAAGAAAAAAAAAGGCCUGUAUUAUAGAUGCACUGCCUUGCUUGACUUGCCCGUCGGAGUCCUGUAAUAUAAAAGUCCUGGUCCUUUAUAAGAGAUGACAUGCAAAAAUGAAAAAAGGGGGAAAAAUAAAGACAUCUGAAACUCA